GCUGGCCGGGAUGAGUGGCGGUGGGACAGAGACCGCGGUGGGUUGCGAGGUCCCCCCGGGCGGCGGCGGCAAGAAGAUGGACUCGCUGGGGACCGCGGGGUCGCCAGCACACCUCAUUAUCAAGGAUCUUGGAGAAAUUCAUUCAAGGCUGUUAGAUCACAGACCAGUCAUCCAAGGUGAAACCCGUUAUUUUGUGAAAGAGUUUGAAGAAAAACGUGGUCUUCGAGAAAUGCGAGUUCUUGAAAAUUUGAAGAAUAUGAUCCGAGAAACAAACGAGCACACCCUCCCCUCGUGUAGGGAGACGAUGCAGGACAGCUUCAGUCGGGUUCUGCAGAGACUGCAAGCAGCUACUGACUCCGUCUGUAGACUCCAACAGAGGGAACAGGAGCGUAAAAAGAUGAAUAAUGACCAUUUACUAGCUAGUGAGAAACAGCAUAUAAUGCAAUGGGAGGACUUCAUGAAAGAACAGCGCAGCCAACAGGCCGAAGCGGAUGAAGCGCACCAAAGAGCCGUGGAGAGGCUGAAGGAGCAGCACGCCGCGAUGGAGAAGGACCUGGCCAAACUUUCAACCUUUUGAGAACUUGAACCUCAACAAUGACAGACUAGUGAGAAAACAUUGACUUCCCCCAAAGACUGCUCCCACCAAACCAUUUAGCCUCUGCUUCAAGUUUAGCAAUACAUUCUGUGGCGCUCUCCUGUCAGAAGAAAGACACUUCCCCCGGAGUCCUAACUUCCCCAGCAGAGUGCCGCACCUUUCCAGUUUCAAGUGCCUCUACCUGAUGAUUUGAGUGGGGAGGAGCAGGAGGACAGUGGUGUGAGUGUGCUCUCUGUUAAGGAGGGUUGGUGUUAGUUUCCUCUGAUUAUCUCGGAGAGCUGUGAGUACAGACUUCCAGAGAAGUGGUUUAACUCAUGGUUCACGUGAGUCUGUGAUUGUGGCCCAGAAGGCAGGUACGGUGGUUCCCUGGCUCUUGGAGGGAGCAGAGAUCACAGUGAAGAGAGAGGAGAGUCAGAACUUUGCCUCUGCUCUGCAAAGAGGGCCACGCUGGUCUCUGAGCGUAAGGCAGCACAAGGCCGUGUUUCACUGGAUGACAAGACAUGCUUGUUAAGUCUGUGGCCUUCCAGCACUUCACAUUUCCAGCUUUUAAAACAUGCUUACAAGGAAAAGCUUACCAAAAAUACAGUUGACUUUUAACCUUUCCAAGAACCAUAAUCUUGCCCAUAGAUUUACCUCAUUUUUAUGUCUGUUUUGCUGUGGGUAAGCUUUGUAAGAUAAAUAAUGUCUGUACAUGUUCUAACUGUUUAAUGAGUAAUCAGCAGAACUUGCCAGGGCCUCCCUCUGGAACCAUAUAAAGACUCUGGCUCUGAGUAAACCAGAAGUAUUUGCCCACACGGCAAA